UAUUCACUGAGCCGCUGCAGUCAUAAACCAAACCUCCCCGGCAGGUUCACCAUGCUCAGAUCACACACACCCCUUGGCCUCAUCCCCUGCACGCUGCUGCUGCUGCUCGUCUCCACCUCAGCUGAGAACCGGCUCGGCACGGCCCCUGAAGGCACACCUGACAACCACAGGAUCCUGUUCCUGGAAGCAGUGAAGAAGGGGAUCCUCAGCUCCCUGAACAUGGACGGAGAGCCCGGGCCGACCCAGAGAGCCUCUCAGAAGAGGCUGGAUCAGAUGUAUCAGCUCUACAGGGAACAAACCAGCGCCAUGGGACAGAACUCCAGCCAGCCGCCCCAGGAAACUCAGCAGUCUAUGGCCACUGUGCUGUUUCCGUCCACAGUUCUGCCACUAAAAGUACGUGGGAAGAGCGGUGACCGAGACGUGCGGUGGUACAGAGCAGUUUUCCACAGAGAAACAAAGACCCAGACUGGACCGACUCCAGCACAAGCACAGCUCAAGAUUUCCAGCAGCGUUCUGGAUCAACUCGGUUCAGUUAAAUCCGAAGCGAGCCCAAAAAUUCAGAUUAAAAUCAACGGCAUGAAGCCAACAAUCUCUACCGGUUGGACGUACGCGGAUUCAGCCCACCCCAACAUUUCAAGAAGAAGCCAGGAUGUGAUACUGGAUAUCAGCCCUGAGGUGAACAGAUGGGUGAGAGCUGAUAACCAGUCGCUGUUUGUGGAUGUUGGGUUUGUUCUAAACAGGAAAAGUGCUCUAAAAGUAAAUCUAAGCAAUAGUCUAGAAGUGGCCGUGGUCCAGUCUUACCCUGCACGGACGAGGCUGCGUCGCUCCAACAAGGAAGACGGCUGCGACGACCAAGGAUGGUGCUGCCGAAAGUCAGUGACUGUGUCUUUCAAAGAAAUCGGGUGGGACGACUGGGUUUUGGCCCCGUCUGAAUACACAAUGCAUUUUUGUGACGGCACAUGCCCCCACAACUACAAGCCGGCGAGCAUGCACACGCAGAUCAAGUCUCGGCUGCACCAGAUGACCAAAGGCGGGACCCCUGACCCCUGCUGCGUGCCGGCGGCCUACGAGUCCAUGGUGCUGCUGCACUACGACAGCAGGGGAGCGCUGAAACUCACGGCUUUCAACGACCUCAUCGUCACUAAAUGUCACUGUGCCUGAGCAGCAAUGCAAGCUUCAACUCUGAACAAUGCUAGAUGCUCACUUGACUCGAUUAAGACUUCUAUUUACUUUUAGUUUAUUUUUAACGUGAAAAAGAUUUAGAAAUCUAUUCAACAAUACUAUUUAUUUAUCUAUUUAUUGUCCUAUUUACGUGUUUUUUUGUGUCAUUGUUGUUCUGUGUUUCAGCUUGUAGUAAAGUUUACCAUCACUGUUUUGUUUUUACAUGAUUUUAUACGAUGCUUUUUGCUUGAUUUU